ACGGUAAUAAGGAGCUGUUCCAUCAUGUGAGGAUUCCCAAGACAAGGAUUGUAAGUUGGUUGCUGGAUGCGCCGAACCUUUCCAUUUCAAUCUUACUUUUCUUUCCAGAAUAGAAUCAUCGGACUGCGGUGAAUAUUUUUUGCUGUUCAUGAUGAAGGGAUGCAACGAUAUGCCUUCUGUACUUCAGCCAAAUUCAUCCGACAACGUCGCAGGAAAAUCGGACUUUGUGGAAGUGAUUACAAUGCCGCAGUACGAGCAUAGUGUUGGAUUGAUUAGCGUUAAUAUGGAUUGUGUCGUGCUUGGGUACAUCGAGGAUGUGAAAUUGGUACUGCCAGUGCACGGUCUGCAGGAUGCCAGCUUCAUAUCCAUAUUCCCCUGGCGAUUCCGUUGUUGCGGCGAUCGGGAGUACAUUGUCCGAGAUGGUUGGCACAAAGCCAUCGAUUUAGUUGACUGGCUCCUGAGGCGGCCGCCGUUGGAGAACCCACCCAUAAAACGCGUCCUUAAUUGCGGAACCUGUCGUCCACUGGGUUCCUCGAUGCGACCCGGUAAAACAGAUUGGCGAGCAAAAAUAGCAAAGUUGCUGUUCUAAAUACAUACUAUGUCUUGUUAUGUAUCUACAAGAAAAUAAUAAAUAAA